AAUGAAGAAGACGCUAAUGUUCAGAAACUUCACGUGGAAACUGACAAGAGAGUAUACAUGUGUGUUUUGCUACGUUACUUUGUAUUUUGUUCGAUUAAUAUGACAUUUUGGUGUACAAGAAACCAUUUUAGCCGUUUCGAGCAAUAUAUGUGUUGUACGAUUUGACGUUUUUUAUGCUGUUUUUUAUAUCUAGAGUACAUGACAUCCGAGAGAAGAUGACUGAUGCUUUUUGCAGCAAUAGUGAGGCGGUUCUUCAACGCACUGUCAAUGUGUCCACCACUACAACAGACAGCCAAGCAAAAAAUUUGAUUGAGCUGUAUCAGAUAAAUGAGACGUGUCAUUUUAUCACAAGCAAUCAGUUCAAAAAGGUAGCCCUACAGUUUCCAGAUGAGCUCCUGUCUGAUGCUGUCCAAAUCUCUGCCGAAAUAGAGAAAGAAACCAAAGCAAAGACGUUUAUUUUAGGAGAUACGUCCUAUGGCAGCUGUUGUGUGGAUGAAGUAGCAGCAGAACAUGUACGAGCAGACUGUAUAGUGCAUUAUGGGCCAUCAUGCCUUAGCCCAUGCCAAAGACUACCUCUUCUGUAUGUGUUCGGAAAGAGACCUAUUGAUGUCCAGCAAUGUGCAGCCGCCUUCAAAGAGCUUUACCCUGACUGCCAAAGUCAUGUAUUCAUCCUUUAUGAUGUCACUUACACACAUGCUAUAGCUGAUUUCAGGGAGAUUUUGUGUGAUGUCUACCCCAAUGUUGUGGUCUCUCUUCUAAAAGUGGAUCAUUCCCAUGGUGCUAACCUGAUACACGACAGCUGUGUGAUCAGUGAUCACUCGGAUUCACAGGAUGAUAGAGUAAUAUUUAAAUUUGGUAGACAGUUUUGUGUAAAAGAGGGACUGAGGAUUGAUGAUUACAGUAUGUUCUACGUUGGCCAGGAAGGGCCGACUCUUACAAACUUUAUGAUGACUUGGAACCAUUGUUCCUUCAGCUCAUUUGAUCCAGUAACGUGCGCAGGCCGAGUUGAAUCUGUUAAUAUCAAUAAGGCACUAAUGAAACGUUAUUAUGCAGUAGAGCGUGCCAAAGAUGCCAGUGUGGUGGGAAUUUUGGUGGGCACGCUUGGUGUCGCCAACUACCUGACCAUCAUUGAACAGCUAAAGGACAUCAUUCACAAAGCAGGCAAAAAGAGCUACAUGUUUGCCAUGGGAAAGAUCAAUGUCCCCAAGCUAGCCAACUUCUUGGAGAUCGAUGUCUACGUGCUAGUUGCCUGCCCAGAAAACUCGCUGCUGGAUUCAAGUGAAUUUUAUAGACCUGUGGUGACGCCUUUUGAGAUGGAGCUGGCGUGCAAUAGGCACAGAGAAUGGACUGGAGAAUAUGUCACUGAUUUCAGAGAUUUACUGCCUGGUGGAAGCAGUCAUGUUGGUUUACCCGAACCAAAUCAGUCUAACAAUGAGGAGGAGACCACUGAUGUCUCACUUAUCACUGGAGCUUUGCGGACCUCUGGUUUAACCAGUUGCACUUUACAGUCGUCCUCACUUGUCCCCAGGAACCAAACCCUCACCGUGGCUAAUACUAAUACCGCAGCAUCAUUUUUGGCUGGCCGUAGUUGGCAGGGACUGGAGCCCAUGCUGGGACAGACACCAGUGGUGAAAGCUGUGAAAGGACGGAGAGGCAUUGCAAUUGCUUAUGAGGAAGAGGGAGGGAGCGAUAAGGACUCUUCAACAGCACCCCUUCAGCAAUAA